GUCACAUUUUUCGGUUAUGACCAAUCAAAAACGUUAAAACGCACGAACCCAGGAUUGAGUAAUAAUAAAGAAAGAAGAUGCAAUAAAAUAUACAUAGAGAAUUUGUUUGUUACUUAUUUAUUGUCAUGGCGAAUUCCCAAAGUCUAUAGAUGCGUUCUUGCUUACAAAUUAAUUAUUCGCACAGACACGUUUACUACUGAAGGAUCUUCCGAAGAUAACGUAAAAAACAAG